AUAAAAACAUAAAUUUAAAAUCCAAAUUGUAAACAGUAAGGAACAACCAAUAUUACAGAAAAUCAAAUCAGUAAUGGAAGGGCCUAACUUAAGCAGCUCUGCAAAAGAAAACAGUUAAAAAGGAUGUGUGAAAUGAUUAGGACAACUAGAGAGCGGAGCCAACCCCUAAAAAUUCCCAGAGGAAAAAAAAAGAACAAAACAAAAGAUACAAACUUGAAGACUUAAACACUUUUCUCGACAGAAAAAAAGAUAAUUUUUUUUUAAUCACUGUAAAUACAAAUAUUUGAACAUGAAGAAUGACCUCAAGGCCUUUGGUCUGAGCUAUUGGAAGGGUGGAGUUGCCCUUUACUGAUAUGGGGGAGACUUGAGGGUGGAGAGAGAUGGGAAGGAGGGUGGAGCGGGAAUCAAGAGUUGAGUUGUAGACACAUCAGGUUUGAGAUGCCUGUUGAGGUGGGAUUAUUUGAGACUGGAGUUCAAUGAACCAGUUCCAGCUCAAAGUAGAAAUUUGAGAGUUGCUAGCAUAUAGAUUGUACUUAAAGCCAUGAGAUUGAAUGCGCUAGCACUUUCCAUGUUGAGAGGCUGGAGAAAUGAAGAAGGACAAAAGGACUGAGAGGAGAAACCUUUGCAGGCAGGAGGGUGAAGUGCUGGAAGUCAAGUGCAGAGAGUGUUUCAAGAAGGAGAAAGUGACCAGCUUCUCCUGCUGAUCUGAUAAGUCAGAUCCUUGCCAGCACACUUCUGGAUAUUCUGUUAAACCUUCUUAAGAAUUCAGAGCAACUGCCGUGUGACCACUGAAAGAAAGAUCCAGUCCUAAGGCCUAGGCAUAUUCCCCCCACCACAUUCCAGCAAUGUCCUACGUUUUUGUAAAUGAUUCCUCUCAGACUAACGUGCCCCUGCUACAAGCCUGCAUUGAUGGAGACUUUAACUACUCCAAGCGGCUUCUGGAAAGUGGCUUUGACCCAAAUAUUCGUGACGGCAGGGGCAGAACAGGCCUUCACCUCGCAGCAGCCCGAGGCAACGUGGACAUCUGCCAGCUGUUACAUAAAUUCGGUGCUGACCUCCUGGCCACAGACUACCAGGGAAACACAGCACUUCACCUCUGUGGCCACGUGGAUACUAUUCAAUUCUUAGUUUCUAAUGGACUCAAAAUUGAUAUCUGCAAUCAUCAAGGUGCUACACCCUUAGUGCUGGCAAAGCGCAGGGGAGUGAAUAAAGAUGUCAUCCGAUUGCUGGAAUCUUUGGAAGAACAGGAGGUAAAAGGAUUUAACAGAGGAACUCACUCAAAACUGGAGACCAUGCAGACAGCUGAAAGUGAAAGUGCCAUGGAAAGCCAUUCCCUGCUCAAUCCCAACCUGCAGCAAGGAGAAGGAGUCCUGUCCAGCUUCCGAACCACGUGGCAGGAGUUUGUAGAGGAUCUGGGCUUCUGGAGGGUGUUGCUCCUGAUCUUUGUCAUUGCUCUGCUGUCCCUUGGUAUUGCCUACUAUGUGAGUGGGGUGCUGCCCUUCGUGGAAAACCAGCCUGAACUGGUGCAUUGAAGGAGCUUGUGGGAGAUGAAACCAGUGCCAGUGUCCUGGCUUCCAGUGUUUGUUCUCAGUUUAUCAGAAUCUUCUCUUAGUGCAAGGCAGUGAGGGCUGUCCAUUUUUCCUUUUGGCAUUUUUACACAUUGUUACCCUUUUAGAAGAACGACAUGUCUAUUUGAAUUAACUACAUACUGUAGUCAAGCAUACUGUGUCCUAAGCUACCUCCAACUCAGCCUGACUUCUUAGGAAAGCCUCUGCGCAGCCUUCUCUGAUAAAACGUGGACUGCGGAACAAAAGAUGGAGGCCGGGACUAGGAACCCUUGCUGUACAAACCUUACCCUAAUGUAGGCUCAACGAUAGUGAAACGUUCAGAAGGGAGAAGGUUAUCCUACGUGGUUAGUUUUGGUUAGUUUUGUUUUGCUUUUGUUUGUCUAUUUUUUCAAAAGCCACUUUUCUCUUUUAUUUACUUUCUCUGGGGAAUACCGGGGAAUAUGAAACAUUCAGCUUAAAAUUUGAAGUGCUUUUUUCAAAGCCUGAAUAGCAAAUCAGUGUUAUUGGAAUCUGUUUGGUAUGUUUUAAUAUUUUUAAGUCUAGUCUCAAACCGAACAGAACUUUUGAAAAUAUGCUAUAUUUUCUUCACGAAUGAUUGAUUUGAUCUCAUAUUUAUUUGCUUUUAGGAUAAUUUUGAUUUUUUGGUAAACUGCUUUGCUUGUUUAUAAUAUUCGUGAAAACAGAACUUGAGAAGUUCGUUUUGUUCACUCUUCACUUUCUCCUGGUGUUUAUUUGCAAGAUAUCCUAGUCAUCAAAAAUACAGUCAGAAAACCUCUUCUACUCAGUAGUUAGCAGGGGGAGAUGUUUCUCCCCUGCUACCUGUCACUGUUACCUGUCACUGUAAUUCUGUAGCGCUGUUAUGUGAAAAAUUCAGUUCUAUAAGCUAGCUGUGUUGUCGCAAUUGUAUCAUAGUUUAUAAUUUUUUCAUUUUAAGUUCAACCUUGUUUAGAGGCCCUGUUAGAAUUGUCAUAACAAUCACAUCCAUGUCAGUAAUUCUCCGAUGGCAAGAGUGGAUGGAGUAUUUCUGAAUUAACAGCGCUGAACGCUAUUCUAGGUGUCGUAAACUCUUCCUGCAUUGUAGUAUUAUGUGAAUUGAAAUCUGGCCCCCAAACUAUACUGCAUUUUUCAGCAGUACAUUUGAAGGCCUCUUUUGUUAAUGGUUAUGUUGUAUAUAAAUCAUAUUCUUGGAUUAUUAAAAUAGGAUGUGAAGACUUGAUAAUUAAGUCAAAAAAUUGUAGUGAAAGAACUAAUGGUUUCAUUUUUCACACACAGUCAUCUAAGCUACUGCUAAUUGAACUGCUGCUAGAAUUAGAAAUUAUAGUUUAGAAUAGAAUUGAUAUUUCUGUGAUUCUCUUUGCUGCUUAAUAUUUUCUCUUUUGCAUUUGUAUAUCUAGGAUUGAGGUGUUUUCUUUCAUGUGGCUUUAUCCUGUCUCAAAGAGGUGUUCUGAAAUUCCUGAUUUACCUGGCUGCCUCAGGAUCAGCACACAGACUCUUGCUUUUAGGUUAGAUACAAACAAAAUUAAUCAUACUUGGUGUAAAUACAGCAAAAAACAGUGGACAUUAGACUGGAGAACACUAGAAUUCAUCAAAGUACAUUCAGAUUGAAAGCUUUGAAAUUAGCUUUGUCUAUGUUUAUAACUCUUAACAGAUGUGUGAAAUUGGUUAACAUCUAUGUAAAUAUAUUGCAUUUUUUAAAGAUUAAUGUUUCCUUCUAAGUGCUGAUUUCUUUGUAUUCUAUUCUCUACAUUCAGUAUUCAGUAAUACUAUCAAUAAAUGUAUUUAUAAUCUCUUAAUCACAA